UUAAACAACGGCGCGGUGCGUCACGUGACACUAUCUGCUGCUGCCUGCUGGCUGAGCGAAGCGUGUUAGCAGAUAUUUUCUAUUUUGUACAUUUUUUUUGUAUAUACUGUAUAUGAUGACUUCUGUGGUCAGCAAUCCAGCUCGAGGGACUCGGGAUAAGACACUGCCCACAACCACCCAAACAACACAGCCACAAAAACAGAUACAGGCUACAGCUGAGCAGAUACGUUUAGCUCAGAUGAUCUAUGACAACAAUGAUGCUGACUUUGAAGACAAGGUCAAACAGUUGAUCGAGGUAACUGGAAAGACCCAAGAUGAAUGCGUAGUUGCCCUUCAUGACUGCAAUGAAGAUGUAAACAGGGCCAUCAAUUUUCUGCUUGAGAGCACCUCCGACACAACCUCCUGGGAGACUGUGGGAAAGAAGCGUAGUAUUGGUAAAGAGGGAGGAAGCUCAGAUUUAAAAGAGAGCCGUGAGAAGAAGGGAGAUCGUGAGGCCAGCCGUGGACGUGGAGUGUCCAACAGGAGAAGCAGAGGAAUCAGCCGUGGUCGUGAAGGUCGUUCAGAGGAAAAUGGGUUUGAAAUGACUCCUGUUGAGAGAGGGGCUGACCGUGGGCGCCGGGGUCGGGGCAGAGGAGUUGGGGGUCGUGGAAGAGGAAGGGGAGCUGUCGGAAACAGGUUUUCUUCACAAGGAAUGGGAACUUUUAAUCCUGCUGACUACACCCCGAACUCCAGGGGAAACCAGGACAGAUUGGAGGGGAAUGAAACUGCUGAGGGUACUGGAACAUGGCGUGCCAAUCUGGAAGAGUGGACUUCAGAAGAAUGGAAUGAGGAUUUGUCUGAGACCAAAGUGUUCACUGCCUCUUCAGCUCCAGCCAACCACAUCACAGCUGGACACAAUGUGGACCUGGCUAGCAUACUGCCUAAAACUGGAGUGAGUGUAGGAGGUUCUGUGGACUCUGACUUGGGAGCAAUUGUUGAUGGUCCUUCAGCAGAGGAUUUGGGCCAAAGCCUGGUGUUCACCAACUCCCACCACAAUGGACGAACUGCAACACACAGCUACGCACAUGCCACAGCCAACAGCUACGCUCAUGCCGCCUCUGCUAGCACCACAUAUGCACAUGCAGCACUGUCUUCAGUCAUAGGUUCUGGUUUUGGCUCCCUGAAUGCACCUAAGCAGGGACCAGCUGCGGACGUUGGCAUGUCUGAGACACUUAAUGGGCCCCGGCUGCCUCAGAGAACCAGUCAGAUGUUGGCAACUGGCAGCGGCGGUGUCUCCAAAGACCCAGGACAGCCUCCAAUACAGAGUCCAGCUUCUGCUUCCUCACCUACUGCAGAUACGAAGUCUCUGAGGGUGGAAAAUGGCCCAAUUCUAUCCCAAAACUUGGAAAUGAAACAUCAGCCAGAACCGUCUGCAGUGCUCAGCCAGCUUGCUCAGAGGCAGCAGCAGUCCUCCAUGGUGCCCACCACAGAACCCCCAGGCCUGUCUCAGUCACACGCACCACAGGCCCCCACACCACCAGGUCAAGAGUCCUCUGGCCUCCCUGUAAGAGACGGAUCUUCUCCAGGAAGCAAGCUGCCGGGCCUGGAGCUUUCAGCCACUGAUCCCCCUCAGCGACAGUUAAAGACUCAGCGACGCAGAGCUCCCCUUCCAUCAAAGAUUCCAGCUUCAGCAGUGGAAAUGCCCGGCUCAGCAGACAUCUCUGGUCUGAAUGUUCAGUUUGGAGCUCUUGACUUUGGAUCUGAAUCUGGCAGUGUAACAGCAGACUCUAAGACAGAGUUGGCCCGUGAGCAUACGUCCACCUUGGCUCAGGCAACCAUGCCUUCUCCUGCAGCUGUUCCCACACAAGCACAGAGCAUCAUGUUCCCCAAGUCAGGACCCGUUAGUGACCACAUGAGCAGCUUGCCUUCAGCCAUAUCAGAUGCCAACUUUCCUUCCCCUUCUUUGGGCCUGCCUGGUGCUACUCCCUCCCCUUCAAUUGGUCUCCCCAGUGCAGCAGCUCCACAGCCCUCUUCCGUCCCAACUGCAACCAGCCGAGUGGAGAGCAGUGGCUCGAGAACUUUGCCUCCUCAUCUUGGCUUCUCACAGAGCAAAGAGGUCCCAUCAGGUGGUUCUGCUCCUCUAACUAAUGGCUACAGUGUCAUGAAGACACAGACUACACAAGAAAGUGCUUCAUCAUCUAGAACAGUGAAAACAGAAUCUCCUGUUAUGACAAGUGAUGGUGGAUCUGGACACCAUAUUCCUUCUCCUGUAGUCACACCAUCCAACUCUGCUCCAAUCUCAUCCCUCAGCAGUCACAUAAACAGUACUCACUCAUCCGGAACACCUCUUGUCACAAGUUCUUCCCUCACGAUAACCAAUGAGGAAAGUGGCAACAGCAGCAGUCUUCAUGCAUUUUCAUCAUCGAGCCAAAUUGUCACUCCUAGUGCGCCUACGAUCGUCAGUAGUUCAUCCUCCAAUGGUCUUUACCAAUCAGGAGGACCAGGACUGGCUCAGAAUGGUGCAAACACCACAAUCUCAGCUGCAGGCAGCCGCAACACCACACAACUCACCACAACUUCUGGUAAAGCUCCUCCUAAUUUAGCCCAAGGAGUGCCUCCACUUCUGGCCAACCAGUACAUUAUGGGUCCUGGUGGCUUGCUUCCUGCUUACCCGCAAAUCUAUGGAUAUGAAGACUUGCAAAUGCUGCAGUCUCGACUACCUUUGGAUUACUAUGGUGUUACAUUCCCUGGUGCUACAGCUCCAAUCCCUGGUAGAGACAGUUUAGCUAAUAAUCCAUAUUCUGGUGAGGCAACGAAGUUUGGCAGGAAUGACUCUUCUUCCCCAGCCCCCCCGACCAGCCUGUCUACAGCAGGAGUGCAGUCGCAGCCCCAACAGACCCAGCAGACAGGGACUCAAGGACAGGGACAGGGUCAGAACCAGGGUCAGCAGACACAGAACCAGGCCUUCCUCAACCCCCCUCUGCCACCUGGCUACGGAUACACUGGUCUGCCGUACUAUGCUGGCAUGCCUGGUGUUCCUUCAGCCUUCCAGUAUGGCCCCACCGUGUUUGUGCCUCCAGCUUCUGCCAAGCAGCCUGCCAUGGGCUUGGCCAACCCCUCCAGUCAGUACCACCAACAGCAUCAGCCAAGUUAUGGGCAGCAUGCCUACGGUGCAGCUUUUGAUGACCUGUCCCAAGCCCAUGCUGGGGAAUACAGUAAGACAGGGUAUGGCGGCUCUGCCCAGUCACAGGCAAAAUCAGCAGGCAGCGGCCCAGGGAAAGCACCUGGAUUAUCUGGAUCAGGAACUGGUGGUGGAGUUCCUGACAUGGGUGGUUCGAUAUACAACAAAACACAGUCGUUUGACAAGCAAGGCUUCCAUACAGGAACUCCACCUCCUUUCAAUCUGCCCUCAGCACUGGGAGGGACGGGCCCCAUGAAUCCUGGUGGAGCUCCUGGCUACGCUCCAGCUCCUUUCCUGCACAUCCUGCCUCCACACCAACAGCCCCACUCCCAGCUGCUGCACCAUCACUUAACACAAGACGGACAGGGUGGUCCAGGUCAGCGCAAUCAGUCCAGCAGUAUGCAGCAGAAAACCCAAGGCAGCAAGUCCAGCUACGGCAGCUCUCCCUACUGGGCAAACUGAGGAAUGCUUCCCACCUCCCAUCCCCC